UUCAAAGAAAAAAACUUUAGCCAGCAGGCAACAUUAACCGCCUCGCGUCAUUUCUCUUACCCCGAAUCUGCGAUUGUUCUAAAAUCACCAAUAAUGUAAUGAGCUGCUUCGCCAAACGGAAAGGUUCACAAAUUUUACCGGAACGUCAGCUCUAAAAUUGAUAAAGCUUGAAUCAAUUCUCAAGCCCGCACCUUUUGGCAUCAGGUACUCUGGGAAAGAAUAAAAACAACUACCCAGAAGAAAGAGAGAAGGAGAACUCGGACAUCCAGUCCAGUCAAAUUUACACCGUUUUUCGUCUAUGAGAAUUCCCAUUAAUUUCUUAGUUUUUUUUCCAUUCCAAGUCGUUUUGUUCACGCCCACAUCAUUCUUAGACCAAUUCACCGCUUCAACAAAACCCUUCGGAGAAGUUAACCGCAAAUUCAGUAGCUCGUCCUCUGGGAUGUUCUACACGCCAAUAAAUGCGGGAUUGGUAUAAAAGCAGCAGCUCUGAAGAUCUUCUUCCAUGACAAUUCGAUUUCGUUUUGAGACACUAUCAAGGGACUAACUUCAAUUCGUUGAAUAGGAAAAUUUUGCAUUAUCUUGUUUUCUUUAAUAUGAGUAGCAAUGGUGGUAAUCAAAGCACCAGAGAUAUCAUCUGCAACGCGGGUGCUGGAGCUGCUGCUGGGGCUAUAGCCGCUACAUUUGUUUGUCCACUGGAUGUAAUCAAGACGAGACUACAAGUUCGUGGCCUUCCUCAUGGGCAGAAAGGUAGUGUCAUCAUCACGAGCUUGCGGAAUAUUGUCAACUCUGAAGGUUUCAGGGGAAUGUACCGUGGCCUUUCCCCAACAAUACUAGCAUUACUUCCAACCUGGGCAGUGUACUUCUCUGUUUAUGGUCAACUGAAAGGCCUUAUCCUUUCACGAGCAGAUGGUUGCAUCCAAUUAUCAACUGUCGGAAAUAUGGUGGCUGCUGCUGGUGCUGGAGCAGCGACUGCAAUUUCAACAAAUCCAUUGUGGGUUGUUAAGACCAGACUCCAAACUCAAGGAAUGAGGUCUGAUGUGGUUCCGUACAAAAGUAUUCUUUCUGCACUGACGAGAAUAACACAUGAGGAAGGCAUACGAGGACUAUAUAGUGGCAUUGUGCCUUCCUUGGCUGGUGUAAGUCAUGUUGCAAUUCAGUUCCCUGCAUAUGAAAAGAUCAAGUCUUACUUGGCAGAAAAGGAUGAUACAACUGUUGAUCAACUUAGUCCAGGAAAAGUUGCCAUUGCAUCCUCAAUUUCAAAAGUAAUUGCCUCUGUAAUGACUUAUCCACAUGAGGUGAUACGUUCGAGGCUACAGGAGCAAGGCCAGGCCAAAAGUGCCGGGGUCCAAUAUGCUGGGCUUGUUGACUGUUCUAGGAAGGUGUUCCAUACUGAAGGCCUCCCCGGCUUUUAUCGAGGUUGCGCGACAAAUUUACUAAGAACUACUCCAUCAGCUGUAAUUACAUUCACCAGCUUUGAGAUGAUACACAGGUUUCUGCAACGUGUUGUACCUCAGGACAUUGGGUACUCGCAAGGGUCUUCUAAACCAGAUGACCUUAGCAAGUCCCAGCCAAAAGACAAUGACGUAAAAUUCGAAAACAAAAGGGAUUGGAGGAAAUCUCCAUCUGAGCCUAAUAAGAAAGCUUUAAAUAACGAGCAGCUAUCUAGACACUGAUAGGGGGGUUUGUGUUAUUUUCUGUAGUCUCAUUUUCAUUUCAUUUUUUUUUAAUUUAUAAUAACUUGGGUUGACCUCUGAAAUUUUUUGUCUGGGAUACAAAUGCGACAUGAAUAUGUAGUGUGUUGGCCCAAAAACAAGGUGGUUUAAUAAGAUUAAGGUCAUUCUUUGACUCUAAA